CAGUACUAUGACCUGGGAAAUCUCGUAGGCAGCGAGAAGUUUCGUGAAUUAAAGCAUCAAGAUGUCGGACGGAGGCGAUGGAAAACUCCAAAAAAUGGAAGUGGAUUACAGUUCCACUGUAGAUGAGAAAUUACCUAAAUGUGAAAAGCUUGCAAAGCAAGGGAAGCUGUCUGAUGCCAUAGAUACGCUGUUAUCAUUAGAGAAACAGACCAGAACAAGUUCUGAUACACAUUCAACUGGUCGAAUUUUGGUUGCUAUUAUAAAACUAUGUUUUGAGGCCAAGAACUGGGAAGCUUUAAAUGAAAACAUUGUUUUGCUUACAAAAAAGAGAGGACAAAUUAAACAAUCGGUCACAAAAAUGAUCCAAGAAGCAUGUACUUAUGUAGAGAAAACACCUAAUCUGGAUAUUAAAUUGAAGGUGAUUGAUACAUUGAGGACUGUUACGGCUGGAAAAAUAUAUGUUGAGAUUGAAAGAGCACGAUUGACAAGGACUUUAGCAAAAAUUCGAGAAGAUGCAGGAAAGAUUGCUGAAGCAGCUGAUGUCUUACAAGAAUUACAGGUGGAGACGUUUGGCUCAAUGGAGAAGAAAGAGAAAGUAGACUUUAUCUUAGAACAGAUGCGUCUUUGUUUAGCUAAGAAAGAUUUCAUCCGUACACAGAUUAUUAGUAAGAAAAUCAACACAAAGUAUUUUGAUGAAAAAGACAGCACUGAAUUGAAAAUGAAGUUUUAUAAAUUAAUGAUUGAGCUGGAUGAACAUGAAGGAUCUUAUCUAUCUAUAUGUAAACAUUAUAGAGCUAUAUAUGAUACAGAAGAGGUCAAGGAAGAUAAAGUCAAACUAAAAGAGGCUUUGAGAUGUGUAGUAUUAUAUGCUAUUCUAGCACCAUAUGAUAACGAACAGUCAGAUUUAAUCCACAGAAUUAAGGAAGAUAAAAAUUUAGAAGAAAUACCAAAAUACAGAGAUUUAUUGAAAUGUUUUACCACACCAGAAAUUAUACAGUGGAAACUGUUAUGUAAUAUUUAUGAAAAUGAGUUGAAAGUAGGAUCGGAUAUAUCUCCUGCUACCCAUAUAUUUAAUACUAGAUUAGAAGGUGGAAUAAAACGAUGGCAGGAUAUGAAAAUCAGAGUCGUAGAACACAAUAUCCGAGUGAUGUCAAAUUAUUAUACUCGUGUACGGAUGAGUAGAAUGGCCGAACUUCUUGACCAAACUGAAGCUGAAACAGAAGAAUUCUUAUCUAGUCUGGUAGUGAAGAAAACGAUCCAGGCCAAAAUAGACCGAUUGGAAGGCAUCAUUAAUUUCUCUCAACAUAAAGAUCCUAAUGAAAUUCUCAAUGAUUGGGCUCACAAUUUAAAUGAACUUAUGUUAUUAGUAAAUAAAACUGAUCAUCUGAUUAACAAAGAAGAGAUGGUACAUCGUAUGAUGUAAAAUAAUUCCAUGUCAUUGCCAGUUUUGAUUCUGUGGAAUCAUUUUGUACAUGUUAAAUUCAUUAAAACUAUCAUUUCUAAAA